UGGAAAUAUCGAGGGGAGCCGCGAUGUUCCCCGCGUCGUAAACAUGCAUUUACGAGACAUCGGGUUAAUUGCAAAUCGUGAAAUUAACGCAUGUUAUCGACUGAACGUCCGAACGAACCGGAGGAACGGUUCGAUAGCGUGGUUUUUCGUCUCCCUCGAUAAUCUCUCGGUUAAAACUUACCGAGAGCGUCGCCAGGACUCCCCUUGAAUAGCAACGCCGUUUCUCGAUGGUAUAUAAAGUGCACAGCAGAGCCGUUGACACCGAAGACAGCUGAAUAGGUUGAGAUGAGCUAUAGCUGUGCGUUGAGCAAUUGUGUUUUCCAGCGGUAUGAGGCCGUAGAGGGGAAUGGUAGACGCAAUUAUGUAAAUCUCGGGAUCCUCCUAGUCGAGAAGUCGUAAGAGAGCAAGAACCCACCGCGGCGGACCGACCGUUCGAUCAUGAGUACGCUUCGACGAUGCAUCCCGACACGGUGACCUUAACGGCGUCGAUGUUGCGGCUUAAUUUCAUAGCCGAGUCUCCUCUCGGCGCAUCGGCGAUGCACGCGUCGCGCGUUGUCUAAUGAUAUAUCCUCCACGCUCGGGUUGUACUAUGAUGGGAAUACUGUACGAGAAGAGGCCGCUGAAGAGGCCGCGGCUCGGCCCCCCGGACGUUUACCCGCAGGAGCCGAAACAGAAGGAAGACGAGCUCACGUCGACGAACGUGAAGCAUGGCUUCCCGACCAUGCCCCAGCUCUCGCACGAGUUCGGCACAGCCAGGGAUUCCAUCGUCACCGCUGCCAAGGUCGGUGCAUACUUCAACGCGAUUCUAGCCAAGAAGGAGGAGCUGGCGACGAUGCCCGACACAGGGAGGAAGAGACAGCAGAUCAAUCCCAAGGACAACUUCUGGCCGGUGACAGCUAGGACGAAGAAUGGUAUCGAGGCUUGGUUCAAGGAUCUCUCCGGCUGCAAACCGCUGGUAGCUCUGGCGAAGAAAGCGCCGAAUUUCAAUAAGAAGGAGGAAAUAUUUAUGAUGCUCUGCGAAUAUCAAGUGCCGAUGCUCAGGGCUGCUUGGUUUAUCAAGCUCAGCUCAGCUUACACCGUCGCAGUGUCAGAAGCUAAGAUAAAGAAGCGGCAGCUGCCCGAUCCGACUACAGAAUGGACGGGUACACUCAUCAAAUUUUUGAAGGAUCAACUGUCAAAGGUGCAGGAGUACUAUCAUAUGGGCAAUCAUGUAGCUAGCGCUAACAACAAUAAUAGUACACCAAACAACUCCUGCAGUAGCAAUGGGACUACUGGGACGAAUAAUAGCAACAACAACACCAAUAGCAAUGUCAGUAACGCAAGCAAUAGUAACGGCUCCGCCAAUAAUCAACCAGCGACGCCGACUUCAAGCGGUCAGCCUGUGACAGGCAGCGCAAUGAACGAGGAACACAAACUGGCGCUUAAGCAGUGGCAUUACUGCGUGCAAUUGGCCAAGUACAUGUUCGAGGAGGGCUUGCUCGACCGGCAGGAGUUGCUACAGUGGAUCUUAGAAUUGCUAGAUAAGAUUAGGUCCUCCCCUUCGGAGGACGGUAUACUGAAACUCCUGUUACCGCUGGCUCUGCAAUAUCUCGAGGAGUUCAUACAGUCUGAACUGUUGGGCAGGCGUUUGGCGUAUUUGUGCUGUCGUAAAUUGGCGCAUAUGUGUAGCAAUGUCGACAGCAACCCACAGAGUCCGUCCAUCACGAAGAACGAGGUUAACGGCGGUAAGGAGACGGCCGUUCAAGGACCGCCGAAUCCUCUGACCGUUGCUUUCAAUGAUUAUUUGACUUGCGCCCAUCACAGAGACGUGAUCUACAGUUUGUCGACCAUAAUACAGGUAAUCACACUGGAAUGUCCCACGGCAUUGGUGUGGAACUGCGUCGGCGAGGGGAAGGCGCCGUCGGUUUUGAACGGGUCGCCCUUGGAUUAUCUACCGUGUCCGCCUGCAGCGUUGCCCUGCCCGCCCGCGAGCUCCGGUAAUCCGACAAUGAAGCAGCUCAGGAUCGCGCAGGAGAAUAUAAGAGGCCGGUCGCAGGCGGCGGAGGGUAGAUGGUCGUGCGACAAGUGGCAGCAGAGCAGCGCCGGGAUGACGACGACGAAGGUGUUAGCCGCACUGGACGCCCUGGACCGACACAGCUUCGACAAAAUGGACGCCGCUAAUUCGCUGGACACGUUGUACGCGAAGAUCUUCGCACCACCGGCGAAGGACAGCUCGAACGAGCGCGACGCGAAGGCGGAAUACAACCCGCAGCAGGACUCGGCGGUGGUGGAGAUCCUGUGCGAGUGGGCUGUGAGCGCCGAACGUUGGGGCGAGCACAGAGCGAUGGCGGUCGCCAAGCUUCUCGAGAAGAGGCAGAGCGAGGCCACCGGUGAGACGAACGAUAACGACGACAAGGACAGUGUGUGCAGCAACGGGAGUCCGCCGGUGCUACCGAUCUUCCAACCGUUGCUCAUGAAAUUCUUGGACGUGGACGCGCCGGUACUGGACAGCACCUCCGCUCAGCCCAAGGCUCAGUUCACGAAUUUAGUCCAUCUGUUUUCCGAGUUGAUAAGGCACGACGUGUUCUCGCACGACGCGUACAUGUGCACUCUCAUCUCAAGAGGCGACCUUAUACAAGGGCCGGUAGCUAGCAAACCUGGGACGCCCAGUAACAGGGAGCCGAUCGACGAAGACAGUCUGUUCCCCGGUAUAGAUCUGAAACCGACUAAAUUGGAAGUGCCGGAUCACGGGCGUGCCAUGGACUACGAUGACAGUAAGAUCGACGACGAUUUAGACAAGUUGUUGCAACACAUCAAAGAGGACCAACAGAACAGUAUGGAUGCACCGGACAGCCCCAAGGAGGACGCGUUGACUGGUCACGGUGGUCACGAGAGCCUCGAUUCGAAAAUGCCGUCGAGUCAUAGCAGACAUUUACUGUAUACCACUCACUUCCCAUUACCACAAGACGAGACGUAUAGUCAGCACGAGUGCAAUCAGCGGCAUGUAUUACUGUACGGCGUGGGCCGCGUCAGAGACGAGGCCAGACACAUCGUGAAGAAGAUGACGAAGGAGGUGUGCAAGCUGUUCGGCAAGAAAUUCAGCAUCGACGUCGCGGAGGGCGGCAAGGUGAAGAAGCAUUCCCGAAGUGAAUUCAACUUCGAAGCUAUCACGAUGAAAUUCCAAAAUCUGAGCUACUUCGACCAACACGUGGUGACGUGGCAGUGCGCGACACAGGUGAUCGAGAUGCUGAACACAUUCGCGUUGGCCGGUUCGUCUUACCUGCCGGUGCAAGAACACGUGGCCUUCCUGUUCGACCUGAUGGAGCUGGCGUUGAACAUAUACGGCCUAAUCGACGUUUGUAUACAGAUACUGAAGGAACUGCCGGAAGUAGAAGCGCAGUUAACAGCUAGAAAUAGUCAAUUAAUACGCAGUUACACGACAAGUUUGAGUUUGUACGUCGUCGGCGUGUUGAGGAGAUACCAUUGCUGUUUACUGCUGUCGCCCGAGCAGACCACAGCGGUGUUCGAUUUACUGUGCAAGGUGGUGAAGCACGUCUCAAAUCCGAGCGACUGCAGCUCCGCGGAGCGAUGCGUGCUGGCGCACCUGUACGAUCUGUACUCGUCGUGUUCCCUUCUGAAGACGAAGCCGCACGGAGUGGAGGCGUUCAGCAACGCUUAUCCGAAGAUCCGGACCGCUCUGUACAGCGCGUUGCAGCCGACCCCUUCCAGCCACGUUUACAACUCGCAGUUCAUGGUGGACGUCUUCACCAGUCCGCGAAGGGGCGGCAAAAUCGAGCCGCAAUGGGCGAGGCAGCUGAACGAGACCCCGGCGAAUCGUUACAGUUUCGUUUGCAACGCGAUCGUCGCGGUCUGCAGCGAGACGGACAACGACAAGUUGAACGACAUCGCGAUUACUUGCGCCGAGCUCACCGCUUGCUGCAAUGCGUUGAACGCCGAGUGGCUGGGUGUGCUGAUGGCGCUUUGCUGCUCCUCCAACAGUCCCACUUUCUACAUUGACGUGUUGAAUCAAGUCGACGUGCAGGACUUGAGUAUACACAAUUCUCUGGCUGUAUUCACGUCAAUUCUAAUCGCGAGGCAUUGCUUCUCGCUGGAGGACUUCGUCGUGCACAUAGCGCUGCCGUCCUUGGUGAAAACCUGCAACGACGGUCGCGGGGACGUCGACACGGAGGCGGAAGCGGGCGCACGUCUGACCUGUCAUCUACUGUUGAGGCUCUUCAAGACCGUCGAGUGCCCGCAGCCGGCUCUGUAUUCCGUUAGCACGAGCCCCCAUCCGCUGCCGAGCGGAAACUUACGGGGUUACAGCAUCAAAUUGAGCUGCGACAGGCACCUGUUGGCGGCGGCGCACAAUAACAUAAGGGUAGGCCCGGUCCUGGCGGUGCUGAAAGCAAUCCUGGUCGUCGGGGACGCUACGGCUGGUAAGCAGCCGGCGAAGAAGGCCGACGUACCUCUCAGUCAUUCCAGCAAAGGCGCCGGCCCCGCCAGCGUCGGGGUCGGUGUGAGCAGCAGCGGACCCGGCGAGCUCUCCAUCAGCCACAUCCUGGGGACCAGCGAUAUCUUAGGCGGCAGCGACGAUCUCGGCCUCGACCUGGCCAUGUCGUCGUCCAGCAGCAGCGCCGGCAUGACCACGGAGAACGUCAAGGGAUUCUCCGACUUCGCUCAUCACGUGCUGCGGCAGAUCUGCAGUCAAGAGUGGGUGCUGGAGCGGUGUCUGCAGAACCCCGAAGAGCUCUGCCACCAGGACAUGCUGCUGGACACUAUGCUGACGCCGCGGCAGGCCCAGAGGUUGCUGCACAUGAUCUGUUACCCCGAGACCGCGACCGAGGCGUUCAUCGACCAGAAGACCCACAUCACCAACAUCCUGGAGAACCUGGAGCAGUGGAGCUUGAGGAUGUCCUGGCUGGACCUGCAGCUCAUGUACAAGCAGUUCACGCCGGGCUCCAGCGAGCUCUCCCAGUGGCUGGACACGGUCGCGAAGGCGGCGAUCGACGUAUUUCAGUUGAACAACACCUUGAGCAGCAAGCCCGCCGACAAGAAGUCCGGUUCCAUAUGGCUGGUGGCGCCGUUGGUCUCGAAAUUGCCGAGCGCGGUGCAAGGCAGAGUCCUCAAGGUGGCCGGGCAGGUGCUGGAGUCGGGCAACUGGUCCAAGACGGCGGGACGCGAGAGGGGCAGAUCGAAGUCCCCCUCGCUGUUCAACCAUCAGCCGUUCCUGUCGUUAGUGCUGACGUGCCUCAAGGGCCAGGACGAUCAGAGGGAGGGCUUGCUGACGUCGCUGCACUCGCAGCUCUCGCAGUUCCUCAACACCAGCAAGGAGGAGAAGCACAUCGGCUCGGAGGAUCCCAAGACGCGGGAGGUGCUGCAGGACGCGCUGCAGCUGAGAUUCAGCCUGGUCGGCGGCGUCUUCGACACCAUACAGAGGAACACGACCGCAACGACCGACUGGGCGAUCCUCUUGGUCCAGCUGGUCAGCUACGGCGUCAUAGACCUGAACAACAACGCCGAGCUCUUCACGACCGUGAUAGACAUGCUGGCGACUCUGAUCCACUCGACGCUGGUGUCGGACUCGCAGUCCGAGAAGGACGAGAAUAAGAAGCACUAUCAGAAUCUGAUGAAGAAGCUGAAGAAGGAGCUGGGCGACCGGAAUUCCCCGAGCAUCCGCUUCGUCCGGCAACUCCUGCCGCUGCCGAAGUUGACCAUGGAGGUCAUCACGUGCGAGCCGGUCGGCUGUCUGACCGAUACCAAAGGCAACAAGAUCGCCGGGUUCGACAGCAUCGAUAAGAAACAGGGCCUGCAAGUGAGCGACUCGCAGAGGGUGUCAGCGUGGGAGCUGCUGGAAGGCCACAAGAAUCCGGCGCCGCUCUCCUGGGCCUGGUUCAGGGCGAUCAGAUUGGAACGCAAACCGCUGACGUAUCAGAACGCGCACAAGCUGCUGCGUUACCACACUCACAGUCAGAUACGUCCGGCCAGUCAUUAUCUGGACCCGCCGCCGUUACCGCCGGAGGACCUGGAGCCGGACAAGAAGGAGUCUGAGCCUGGCAAGGCGGACACGCCGAUGAGUAUCGACUCGCCGGGGCGAGUCGGUGGUAGCGCUGGUAACGCCGGGGUGGGCAACGCUGGCACCAACGGCAAGGGGAAGGCCAUGAAGAACAAGCGGCACAACAGACGCACCAAAGCCGCCACCCCCACGACGCCUAUAUCGCAGCAGAUGCAGCAACCGCCGUCUCAGCUGCAGCAAAUGGCAUUCGGCAAUCAGCAAGCCCCCGUCGCGCAACAGCCCGGCAUGUUCACCGGACAGCCGCCGCAGCCCCAGCAGCAGUGGUACGCCAAUCAGCAGGCGCACACGCCGGCGCAGCAGUACGGCUACGGUCAGCAGCUGCAACCCACGCAGGUCAGCGGGCCGCGUUACGAGAGGCCGGGCAUGAACCAGUCCAAGCAGGCUCUGUCCAACAUGCUGCGACUGCGAUUGCCGUCCACGCAGUUCAUGGGCUCGCAGCAACAGCCGAACGCCGCGCCGGUGACCGGGCCGGGCGCCUUCCAAGGUAUGCAGAGGCAGCAGUUCAUCAGGCAGCAGCUGCGGGCGCAGCACGGGGCGCCCGGGAUGAAUCCUCAGCAGGGCAUGUUCGCGGCCCAGCAGCAGCAGCAGCAACAGCAGCAGCAGCAGGGAAUAUACACCGGGAUUCAACAAGGCAUGAAUCAAAACUACGCGGGAUACGGCGGACAGCAAAUGAUACAGCAGCAGCAGCAGCAGCAGCAACAGCAGACGCCGCAACAGGCGCAGCAGCAGCAGCAGCUGUUGCAGCAGCAGCAGCAGCAGCAACAGGGCAUGCUGAAUCAGCAGCAGAACAUGAUGUUCCCCAAUCCGCAGCAAAUGAUGGGCCCGCAACGGGGCCAAGAGUACAUGCCGCAGCAGAGAAUGCAACCAGGUGCUGCGAGGCCGCCGUACUUGCAGGCGCCGAACGUAACGAUGAACGCGAUGGGACCAAUGGGCGGAGGUGUUCAGAAUCAACCGGCUCCUCCUUACCGGCAAUCCGCCGGGAAACCAGGCGCGGUAGGAGUUGCCGGGGUAGGUACGACCAACGUUAGCUUGCAGCAGAAUCAGCAGUUCCAGCAGCAGCAAGCGAUCAAUCAGCAACGCAUCAGGCAGCAGAUGCUGGCGAUGCAGCAGCAGCAGCAACAGGCGGCGCAACAGCAGCAGCAGCAACAGGCGGCUCAACAGCAACAGCAGCAACAGCAGGCCGGUGCCGGCGGCCAGCAACCGACCCCUCAACUCGUCACGCAUCUGCAGAGGCACCUGAGUCAACCGCCGCAACAUUCCUACCAGCACCAACCGCCGCCCUAUUAAGGAUUAAUUUGCGAAGGGAAAACUGCACUCGCUCGAUGUGAAGCAACGUACACAGGGACGAGGAGGGAGAUCCGGUGAAUUCCAACUUUCUGGGUUGCGACCCGCGCGAGUGAGUGAGACCCAGUGCCUGUGACCUUGACAGAGCAAAAGAGAGAGAGAGAGAGAGAGAGAUGCGUCUCAGGUUUCACGGCCCCAUCGAACUUACUGCAAUUUUUUACCAGUCAAUAUUUUACCGUACUACGGCGAAACCGCGCGUCUCUUCCCGAUAACAACGGACGCAAAGGAACCACGGCAUUCUUCGAACCGCUCGCGAAGAGACUCAAGCCGUACCUUUAUACUCCGAGACUUCUUUUAGCGAAACGUUUUUGAUAAUUGCGAUUGCCGCGGCAUUUCGACCACACGAACGGCCUUCCGUCGAGGCGUUCGAAGCGAGAGAGUGGAGUAAACCUAUAAUUGAUAAGGUCCACGUUAGAUGCGACGUCAUAUUUAUACCCUGGAUAAGUAACGUUAUUUUUAGCCUGGUGUUAAUAGCGACGAGCGAAACGCGCUUAAAUACCGUAAAAUCGCUCUUAACGAUUUCCCAGGCUCGCAAAUGAAAGCGGACUGUCCGGCAACUCCACGAGAUUCGAUUUUAUACAAGAUGUUUUUUUUUUUUUUAAUCUUGCAAUUGAUCAACUGAUAUAUAAUUGGGAGAUAUAAUGUAAAGGAAUUGAAUUGGAAUGAUGCUGAAAUAAAAAGAAAGAGUGCAUGAAUUUAUUCGUUAUUUAAUGGUAUGAGGAUAAAGUAAGCCUUAGAAAUUAUUGAUUUACACCACUUCCUAGCUUUCUCAAAGACUCGGUUAAUUAUAUGUAGCGAUUUGUACGAUCGAGAUCUUUUACCUAGAUGCCAAAAGUCGCGUUUUAAUAUUUUAUUGACUCGAUAUGCUUUCUCGUAGUGAAGCCUCAUAAAGGAAUCGUAGACUGUAACAUAUUUCCCCCCCCCCUUUCUUCUUACGUUUAGAUUCCCGUAAAGUAUUAUUAUAUUAUUACUAUUAUUAUAUAAAUAUUAUUAUAACAUUAUUUUUAUCGUAUACACACAUAGUCCAAAGCAUUGACGGAUUUAGCGUAAUGAACAGCAUAUAGUACAAGAUCAUGUGUACUGCAAUUUGUAUCGCAAAAUAAAUUUAUUGUUACUGUUA